UUAACGUUGGCACCUUGGCAUUUCCAAAGAAGUGUUGCAAAACUAACAAUUACGAAACUCCCUAUACAAGAAGUAACAUGGCGUUUAAGGAUGAUUUAAUAUUGAAAAAGUGAUUUCAAUUUUAUUAAUAUUUUAUAUUUAAUUUUUGAUAUGAUUUAAUGCAAAUACAAGAAAAAUGGAGUCUCCUCCGUCCACAUCAAUCUGGUCAGAGGCUUUUAUAUUAAGUGAUGAUAGUGGGUUGCUUCUGACCAGUGGCUCAAUAUCCAGUGGCAGUAUGAGUGGUGAGAGUAGAAGCGGAUUUGGACAGUUGCCCUUUGAAUAUCAAGACAGUGAUUGUGAUAACAAUCUAUCUCAAACUGACUCACUAGAUGGAAUGUCUGACAUCAUAUGUGGAGAGAAUUUUAAUACAUUGAAGAAAGGACCUCAUUGGAGUGAAACAAAAACUUCACCUAUUGAACCACCACUUGAGUUCCAGGAUAAACCAAAUGUGUAUGAGACAUUUGCAGAAGGAUUGGUUGUCACAAUAUUGCAAGAAGCUUUGUUAUUUGCACAGCAUUCAUUUCCACAAAUUAAGCUGAACCCAUUCAAUCUCCAAGUGUUUCGACCAAUUCAUCAGGUUUUGCAUAGAUCUUAUUGGAGUCCUGAUUUUCUACCUUUCAGCCCCUGCCAUGGGGGUAGGCCUAGUUCCCGUAGCUCUUUAGGAUCAUCAAGACUGUCUAGUUCUCAUAAUUCCCUGUCAGUACCUACAGCUCAUAGAGCAGAUGACUCCAGUUUCAUAACUCAAGCUGUUUCACAUGACACAUUAUCUUCCAAUCAAAUAAGUGAUUUAUACAAUGUCCCUUUUGAUAGUGAUGUAUAUGCAAUACCAGUAGAUACAGUAAGACCUCCACUGCGACCACGAAGAAUUAUUAAUAAAAAAAGACGAAGAAAUACCUCAUCCAGUUUCAGAGACUUGGAAAAACAUACUGUUAAGCCUAGUAAAACUAAGACUUUUAAACCCCAACUUGUAUGUACAAAUGAUAGUGGCAAGAGACACAGUGUGGCUGGUACAUCAACCACAACAACAGAAGCAGAACCUAUUCAUAUGACUUUGCAAGAGGUGCGUCAAUAUCUGCAGACAUUAUAUUCAAGCUCUUCAGAUUCCUCAGAACAUAAAGAUAAAAGCACAAAAGUUAGACAAGCUGCUUUGAAUAACAAUAAAUAUUCGGAGAAUAUCGUUAAAACUGCCACGCAAAGGAAUAAAAAGAAUUUCUUCAAUAUUAAAAAUAAAAAAGUCAAAGGUUCUUAUGACAAUUUGAGCUUAAACAAACAACAAAUUGAAUUGGCUAAGCCCGAAAAACGCAAGAAGAGUCCUGCAAAAAUAUUCUCACUGAAGCAAACACUCUGCAACAUGUUUAGGUUCCGUAGAAUUCUAUCGCCGGAACACGUUAAACCGGAAAAGACAAACAGCGAAGAAGAUUUUAAUUAUACGGAGAAUUUGGACACGAAAAAUAUUUCUAAACGAGCCCUUCCUCCAUUGCCUCCAAGAACCAAGAAGGUUCAAGAUGUCCCUAUCUUAGAUUUUGCUACAAGUAUACGAAAAGUAAAAGAUUAUGGUUGGUAUUGGGGGCCUCUUUCAAGUGAAGCUGCUGAAAAGAUUUUGUCAAAUGAACCAGAUGGAUCUUUUAUAGUUAGAGAUAGCAGUGAUGACCAUUAUAUAUUUUCACUAACUUUUAAGCUUAAUAAUAGCGUUAGGCAUGUUAGAAUAGAACAUGACCAGGGUAAUUUCAGUUUUGGGAGUUGUACAAAGUUUAAAUCCCAAACUAUAGUAGAUUUUAUAGAAAAUGCUGUGGAGCAUUCACGUAGCGGUAGAUACCUCUUCUUUUUACAUAGAAGACCAACAAUUGGACCUGUGCGAGUCCAGUUACUACAUCCAGUUUCGCGAUUCAAACAAAUCCAAAGUUUACAACAUAUGUGCAGAUUUGUCAUAUUGAAAAAAGUUCGCAAGGAUUUAAUAUCUGGUCUGCCGCUGCCCCGAAGAAUGAUAGACUACCUAAGUACACCACACUACUACUCCGAGAAUUUGAUAGACAUUGACGAAUUAUCAGAGAGUGAGCAUAUGCGCCGCGAAAAUCCGGAUUCCGAAGAGUACAGCGACGAUGCAACACUUUUGAAUAUGAGACAAUCUUGAAAAUCACCUCACUGUCAGUCAGGAUUAUUCAUAUCAACAUUUACUAUUGGCAUUUCCUUUCCCAUCGUAAUACGACAUAUAUACAUAUAUAUUUUUUUAAUUUAAAUUUUGUUGAUACCAAAGUUUAUUGAAUGUGAUUUUAAUUAUAGUUGAUUUAGUUGUUAAACAAACAAAAAAUACUGCUUUUUGCCAGUCAUUUAAUUUAGUGCUUAAAUUAUUAAAAUAAAAUGUUAUAAUAACAAGUAUAAAACGCACACAAGAAUAAUAUUUAAGGAAGGAGAAGACUUAUGAAGGAAUACAAUUAUGUACCAAAGAAUUGCUGAAA